AUGGCUAAGAGCAUAAAUGGAAACGGUGGCCAAGAAAAGGGACAGAAAAGUACAGAUUCGAGGGGAAAACCACCGGAUCGUGGUAAGCAGUGUUCUGCGGAUGCCGGGGAGCUGUCGAAGCAUCAGCAGCGGCGUGGCGGCCAGCAGUUGAGCUUCCUCGGUGCUUUGGUAGCGCAAAGUGCCCUUCGCAGGUUUCUGGCUCCUCACAAGGGCCUCUUCAGCAAGCUCAGUUGUCGUCGUUUCAGCCGCCUUUCCACAGGCCCAGAUGGACUGUUUCGUUUGGCCCUUCAUACGAACCCACAUAUCAUACUGCCUGUUGUGAAGGAAGUCGUACUCGAGAUCGUCGACCGCGCCUUCAAACGCGCUGACGAUGUGGACGCCGGCGGUCUGGCGGUAAACCUCUCAAACGCUGUGCGUAUUGCUGUCAGGGAUUUGGGACUCCCCAGGUUCAAGUACGUGGUUUACACAGCAGUGACGAGAGAUAGCGGUCAAUCAAUGUUGGCAGUGUCAAGGGCCUUGUGGAACCCCAAGUUCGACCGUCAAGUCGCCAUCGAGCAUCGGAGAGACAAGUAUAUCAUACAUGUUAUCGUUUUUGCCUGCUACCACGACUGA